CUAUCCAGCUGUCAGAUGGUUUUGUUGGAUGCCAUUAUGAAAAAUGGAAGUACUGCUGGGGGUGGUCCCUAUUGCCAAAAACCACCUGGUGGCAGUGAUCAAAGUAAGCCCGCUAACACAAAGGACAGCAGUGCAUCUGGUGCAUGUGAAAGUGGUAAAGGCUACAACAAAGAACAAGUGGAAGGAGUACGCAGUAUAAAGAAAUGUAAAAAUUAUUAUGAAGUACUUGGAGUUGCAAAAGAUGCAGGUGAUGAAGACCUAAAGAAGGCUUAUCGAAAAUUGGCUUUGAAAUUUCAUCCAGACAAAAACCAUGCACCUGGAGCAACGGAAGCUUUCAAAAAGAUUGGAAAUGCAUACGCUGUGCUGAGCAAUCCAGAAAAACGAAAGCAGUAUGACCUUACCGGCAGUGAAGAGCAAGUAUGCAAUCACCCUGGCAAUGGUAGAUUUAACUUCCACAGAGGUUGUGAAGCUGAUAUUACUCCAGAGGAUUUGUUCAACAUGUUCUUUGGGGGGGCGUUUCCAACAGGUAGUGUACAUUCAUUUUCUAACGGUCGGGCUGGAUACAGUCAUCCUAACCAACACCGACAGAGUGGACAUGAAAGAGAAGAGGAGAGGGGUGAUGGAGGCUUCUCUAUGUUCAUCCAGCUGAUGCCUAUUAUUGUACUGAUCCUUGUCUCCUUAUUGAGCCAGUUGAUGGUUUCUAAUCCUCCCUACACCUUAUACCCAAGAUCGAGCACAGGGCAGACCAUUAAAAUGCAGACAGAAAACCUGGGUGUCAUUUAUUAUGUCAACAAAGACUUUAGAAAUGAAUACAAAGGAGCCUCUUUACAGAAGAUAGAAAAGAGUGUGGAAGAGGAUUAUGUGUCAAACAUUCGAAAUAACUGUUGGAAGGAGAGGCAGCAAAAAACGGACUUACUAUAUGCAGCAAAAGUCUACCGAGAUGAUCGUCUCCGAAGGAAAGCAGACUCCAUGUCCAUGGACAACUGCAAAGAACUGGAGCGGCUGACCAGUUUAUAUCGAGGAGGCUGAACUAGAAUUUUACAUGUGCAUCUUGAAGUACACUAUUAUCAUUCCUAUACAUUGAAGAAGUCUAAUUUCAUCGCGAAAGCUGGAAAGAGGGUGGAUGUAAAACUCUACUGUGUAGCUGUUUCCAGAAUCCUUAUGCUGAAAUAUCAUUUAAUGGCUUCUUUACCUACUAUGAAAUAUAGGUAUUUUAAUUGUUUAGAUUUUACUCCAAAAGCUUCUGUGAAUUGUUUCAGCUCAAAAAGGAUGCUAUACUUGUAGAGACUUAGUCAUAGUGGUUCUCCUCUUAACAUAUUUGCCAUGUAAAUAUCUGUGGAAAGAACACUUUGUGUAUAUACAAGAUAAAUGACUUUCUAUUUAAUAUCUCAGAAAUCUAGCUCCAUAAAACAUUUUGUCUCACUGAUGGAAUAAAUAGUAUGAUUACAUCACUCCUUAUGCAGAUGUCAAGUGUGUGGAGUUUAAAUAAUCAUUUUUAAAUUAUUUAAUUUUAUGUAAAAUCUUCUGACUUUACCAGUUUGGAGGAUAUUUUUAAAUAUAGCAGUGUAUAUUCCUAAAUAUAUGUUGGGGUAAAUUGAUAUGGUGUAGAGUAGCAAUUAGCUGUUGUAGUUUUUAAGCAUUUCUUAGCAAUGCUAAGAAACUACAUUAAUCUUUUUUUUUUUUUUUUUAAAGUAAGUAGUUGCAAAGUGCAGUAGAGAAAUUAUGGACAUUGCUUUUAGUACUUGAAACAAUUCAUAGCAACUCCGCCAUUCGGUAUUCCAGUAGUAAUAAGUCCAUACAUAUGUUUAACAUGCAUUUUACAGCUUAUUUAAUUUUCAUUGAAAAAGUAGGGGGGGGAAAAAAUUUGAUAGUUAUUUAACUUUAAAAAACAAAACAAAACAAAACAAAAAAGCUUUUUCCUCUUCAGAGAUGUAAAUUCUUAUUCAUUUCAAACUAGUUUCCUCAAACUUCUACGGGCAUCAUUUGUGGAUGCAGGAAAAUCACCGCUAAUGUCAAGCCAUGUGCCUUGUUACACUUUUGCCAACUAUUAAAUGCAUCACUAAUUUGUAACAUACUGCUGUGAUACAAGCCCUACUCAUUUGGCCAAGAACAGGAACUAGAGGAAGUUUCAGGGUGUAAAGCUGUUCGGUCCAAAACUUUACUAAAUUGAUUUUCUGUAGAUGAGCAAAUAUAUCAAUUACUUAUUUAAUUCAAUAUACUUUAAUUUUAUGGGCUGUACACUUAAAUUACAUGGAGUUGUACUCACUGACACAAAUUAAGAGGCAUUUUGAAGCCAUUGAGUUUGAGUUUGGUUUGUGUCACUUUUAAGUUGUAAUUUCCACAUGGUUGGGGCACAUCUACAUAUGCUAUUAAUGCGCAGCAAUAAACUCUGGCACAGUUCAUGCCAGAGUUUAUUGCUCUUGGGCACAGCAUUUACACAUACGCCCAGGACCAGAGCAUGUUGAGCCGGGGCAGUGCAUCCCCAGCUGGUAGGGCACCCAGUGGGGGUUAGCCUGCCAGUCUGGAGGUGCUCCUGCCCUGCUCCAACAUGCUGUGGAGGGGCUUGCAGGGGCACUAGAGUGCUCCAGUGCAGGGCUAACUGGCAGGCAACCCCACACUGUGUCACUCGUGCGCCCCAGCCAGCCCUAGUUGUCAUCUAUGCAUUCGUUGCAGCGCACUAAAUAAUUCGGCCAUAGGAUGGUACUUGCAUCAGUCAGUACUAUUCUACAGUGAAGUUAACUAGUUUAUUGUGGCUUAAUAGUGCCACACCUGCAGAUAGUGAUGCUUUACUGCGGAGCUAAUUCAUCAGCUAUGCAGUGAAGUGUCUCGUGUAGAUGCUGUGUAGCAAAAUCUUUGCUGCAUUUGAGAGUACUAAUUAUUGAUUUGUAAGGAGCCAAAUUCUGUUCUCAGAUUGCACCAGUGUAACUAUAUCACUGAAGCCAAUACCUCAUUGACUUUACCAGACUUUUAAAUUUUUUAAUUUAAAUUUGAUGUAACUUGAGAACAGAAUUUGGCCCUACAGGCGCUUAAAUGCUGCUAUGUGGCCCUGAAAUCCCUUUCUAUAUACCUUUUCUUAAGCAUCUCACUGAAAAUGCCCUGUUAUAUAUAGUAGUGCAACAUGGAACAGGCUUGCUGCUGACUCAUAAAAUGAGUAAUCAGAACACAACAUUUUUGGACAUUUGAAAGAGAAAUGUUCAAAGCUGAUGCCAAAGGUGAAUUACAAAGCAGAGCUGAGGAAGAACAGGGGUUUCAUUGCUGUAUGUCCCUUCUACUUGAUCUGUGGGGUAAGUGAAGAGGGAUUACGAAUCAUCUAUUUACUUUAUAAUUUCCCCAAAUGUUUGUUGUAGAAGUAAAAAGAAAAAGCAAACAUGAAUUCCAUGAGUUCUGGAAAUCAUUGCAACUAUGUUCGUUUGGGAAAUAAUAUAGAAAACUAGUCUUAAUAAAAGAAUUGUUUCAAUUAACCUUAUAUAUUCUUGCCCCCUACUUCAGACACAUCAGUAUGCUUGUCAGUGACACUUAAAGAGUACAAAAGAGAAUCGUUUUGUAGUGUGUUUAUAAAAAUAUUGGGGCUACAAAGCUACAGUUAAGAGGUACUCAGUAAAGCUGCUGACAAUAAAUGAAUAGGAUGUAUCUACAUUGUAGUAGUUUCUGUUUCACUUUGAAAAUCAGGGAAAAUUAACCUGUGCAGAACUCUACUCAGCUGGUUACUGGCAACAGCCUAGUUAGUUUAAAGAUAGUUUGUAUAGCUCUAAACUACACAACAAUUGUUACUGCAGUUGGCAGGGCAGCAUAGACACACUAAUACUUUCUGGACAAUUCAUUCCAGUGAAUAAUAAUUUAUUAAAAAGUUACCACUUUUCACAGAACACCCCAUUCAGCAAAAAUGCUCCUCGUUGCCUAGAGCUCAGACACACAAUGCGUUUUACACCAGCUAAAUCAGCCUUUAAACCAGGGUAAACAUAAUGUACAGCCCUAGCCAGUGUAAUGUACUUGAAUCUAGUCUAGAAUUAUCCUGAAAAAACUGGGGGGUAAAACUACAGCAGUGUUGCUAGGAAACAUAAGCUUCUAGUAGUUUCCAAAAGGGUGGGGGAGCUGUUGCUCCAGACUAAGCACCAACCUCUGUGGGGUUACAAAUGUAGCAGAAUCACUCCCACUUUAACAUGAUUCAUCCAAAGCUGUUAUAUGGUCCCUGCAACCUAAGAGCUACAUGUUGUAAUAGUGCUUGUUGUAAGCAGCCCAUACUCCAUACCUGUUCUUCUCUCUAGAACUUAGUAUAAUUUUCAGCAGUGUACAAAAAUGAUGUAAAUAACACUGAUGCAAAUGAAUUGUGUGCCCAGGCUCUUAAUAGGUUAAAUAUUGGCAGGGUGUCUUCUUUUCUAUAUACUAGUAUUGGGAAUGGUUAAGGAUAGAUAUUAUUUCCUGCCUACCAUAAGAGUAACCUGCAAGGAUUCUUUCUAAGUCAGCAUGUGGAUUCCUAUAUUUCUUUAUGAUGUACUUCAACAAAAAUCCAAUUAUUUUUCCUACUUGAAAAAUGUGAGGAAUGGCUGGUCUCUUUUUUUCUUCUUUUGCUAGAAGGUUCUGCUGGAUACUACAGGACACUUAUAUUGCAAGCAAGACGUUACCUGAAGGGAUGGGAUGUUAGAAGCUUUCAAGAUGUCCUUUCUUCAAAAUGUAAUCAUAAAAUACUCUUUAACAUUUUAGUCUUACUGAAAACCUUUGCUAUCCUCAGCUGAUCAGAUUUCACUCUUGACACUUGUGACUACCACAUCACUAGUUCUCAGUAUAUUCGUUUUCCAGUGAGGACCUGAAUUUCGCAGCUAUAAUAAACAGGGAGAAGUCAUUUUAAAUGAUCAAGUCCUUGCAGGGCCAUCUUGAUACAUAAUGAAUAUAAAUGGGCAUAAGCCAGUUUUUCUACUUUGCAGAUGACCUUUAAAAACAGUAAAACAAAUCUUACGCAGACAUAAAAUCAGAUCUGUGACCAAUUUAAAGUAAAAUAUGUUGCCCAUCCUUUCAGUUGACACUGUCUUUGUUCUAUCUAAAACCAGAUUAAAGGUUAAUUUAGAACUCUUAAAAAUGCACUUCAUUCUUUUUGAAAGAUUUCAAAAGAGAAAAAAAUGUUUAUAACUAUUAAAAUAUAACAGGCACUAUUUUAGAAGCACAGAGUAAACUUAAAAACUUCUCUGGAAAUUUUUCAUAUACUGUUACAAGUCAUGAGACCAUUUUCCCUUCAAAUGGUCAGUAUAGCAAUCUCUGUUUUCAAAGGUUAUUUUUUCAUUUGUGUUAAUUUCAUUUUUUCCUUGAAUAAAAGUGACCAAUGCCCCCUGUGUGUGGAUCUUUCACGCAGCAACAAAGGAAUAAGUAGGAAAAUGUGUAUUUGAAACCAAAACUUGACAGAGGAAUAUAAGGUUAGGUAUGAUUAUCUGAAACUAUAAAGCUCUUAAUUUAUGUUACUAGGUCCUAACAUCCAAAUUUGUCAAAGAGCCAGUCAAUUUUAUGGGAAGAAACAUGGUCUGGUGAUUAAAAUGAGGAGUGAGAAACAAGCCCUGGUUGUAGUCAAAUGACUUUGGUACUAUCACAUUCUUUUUUGUUCAUCAUUUCUCGUCUUCCUUGUAAACUGCAAUGAGGUACUCAGAUAAAAGGGCACUGUGAAUGUAGAACAUUAUUACCAAUAUGUUCACAUUUGAACUGCAGCCACUUUGGUUCCUGUUUCAGAGUACACAUCAGAGAGAGCAAAUAUUAGUGCAGUUCAAAAAAGAAAUAUUCCGUGAUUUCACCGCAUGUUUUGCUCCCUGUGCUUUUUGUGAUACCACUACCUGGUAGAAAUCAAGUCUGAAGCUCAAAAUGCUUCAGGAGCUUGAAAGUAAUUUUAAGAUUUAGCCCUUAGAGAGAACAUGCAAGGAAAGAUUUUCAGUAAUAAUCAGCGUUUGUGGCUGGGGGUGGGUGUUCAAAAAAGCUCAGUUCCACUAGGAACUUCAGGACAGUGAUCAGAUUGAUAAUGAGCUUUUAAAUUUGUUUAUUAAAACUGAUGAAGCAUCUGAUUUGGUGUCUUUGUGUCCUGAAUUACUCUAUCAAUUAGACAAGUGUUAUGACAAGAGGCCUAGAGGGUUAUGCAGAGUGUUAUCAGAUAUGAAAGAUGGCUUCAUGAACAAAAAUAAGCCUAACUUUCAAAUCCAGUUAAAUAAGUAUAAGCCAUGAAUUAAGGUUUUGGGGUUUUUCAACACAGUAGAGUGGAAGAACAAGUAAACAUAAUGAUCUGUGACUAGUGGUAGCUACUUCAAAACUUAUGUUCAUUUCUGCUUGUCACUAUUAGAAGGCAGGAGGAAAUGGAUAUGAAAAGCUUGGAAUGGGGAGGAAAAAACAGCCUUUAAGUCUUCAUACACAUUUGGGUUUUUUGUGUGUUUAAGUGUCAGUGAGUACAUCUACACAUGCAUUAAUGCAUGGUAAUCUGUGCUACUGCGUAGUAACGCUGGCACACAUCUUUUACAUUAAGCUAAUGCGCAGUUAACUAAUUCUAUGGCACAUUAACAUGGUUUUCGCUGUGAGACAGUAACGCACAGUAGAAUUAAUCUACUGCACUUCUAGCAUCUUGUGUAGAUACACCCGGUAUGUAGGACCAGGCCUAAUCUUUUAGAUGAUUUUGUAAUCUUUCUGGAGCACUUCAGGCUUCCUCACUACUAAAAUAGAUUUUUUUUUCUAGAUUAUUUGAUUUCUUCUAAGCAUGUUAAAAAGAAAUGUUCCUUAUAUUAAGGAUUCUGUGAAGUGUGUUUUUUAAAGCUUCUCUGCAUGUAUAAUUUCCCUGAUCAGUACAUGAUUUCUUUUCUCUUAAUACCAAGGUUUGCUGAUCUCGGGGCCAGUAGAUUUGUGAAUAUUGUAUGUGCACAGAUGUAUAGGUGUACAUACUUUUAUCCAGCUAAUACCUCAAACUUGUGAUUUGUUUAAUAUUGUACCUCUGUAAGUUUGCACAGAACAGGGCUUCCAUUAGCACCAAGAAAUUAUCCAUCCAACUUUGGUGGGUUCUGUUGUCACUGAUCUUAAAAGGCUUAUUUUUUCCAGUGAGUGAGUGACAUUCUCAUUACAACAUUUGUUCUCAAAAGAAAAUUAUACCUGUUCAUUCUGCACUGCAAUCUGAAAGCUGACAGGGUAAAAAAGCAAUUCUCAGCUUGAAUAAAAUAUGAAAUAUCUGUAAUGUUAAGCCAUUUUCAAAUCUAUUUAUGAACCUGCUACUGGCACUGGCUCUUGCUCAGCUGAGACAAUGAUAUUUUAAAAGCAUUGCUUGGUUUAAAAAUCUGAAGGAACUUGAAUAUUUGUUCUCUAGACUCUUGAAACAAGCACCGCAGUAACUGAAAAUAAAUUGUGCUCAAGACCCCUCUAAUAAAUUUAAUGGAAGCCUUGCAAAAGGACAUACAGUGAAAUGAAGUUGGCAUCUUAAAAAAGAUCUUAUAUUAUUUUGUCUAACUCAAUAGCGCAGUCAAGAUUUAAAGGUUAGGUUUUAAAAAAAUACUUGUCUGAUUUCUAAUAUAUCUAAUGUAAUAUCAGACUUAUAUUAAAAUAAAAUUAUUUUCAGUGUGAAACUGUGCUACCAUCUUAUCUUUUUACCUGUUAAAAACAUCUCUGAUGACUAACCAUUUUAGUUUUGCUUCAUGAAAAGUGGUUUGCAUUUAAAAAGGAAGUAACGAUGUUAUGGUAUUCUCAGCACCACAAACUAAACACUAAGAAUAAAAAAUGUUCAGCUUAAUAAUCAAGUAGUCCUUUUUAGGGUAAAAUGUUAUGGCUACUAGAUAGAUGUUUAAUACUACCAUUCCUUAUGGAUUAUUUUAUAACUUGAGACUUCUCUAAACAGGCAUGUAAUUACCUAAAGGAUG